UCGACGCCCGACGUCUGCCGCGACGACCUUGCGGGGCGGCGGGAGCGGACAGGACGAUGUGCUCAAGGCCAUAGAUGAUGUCAUUUUUCGUCUCAUAAUUAAAGAAGGAAAAAAAAACUGCCAACAUGCCCACUAAAGUAAAAGAAGCAAAGGCCGCACCUCCAGCCAAAAACGAAACGCCAAAGAAGGCUGCCAAGAUAGCCAAGAAGGUAGAAGAAGAGGAAGCCAAGGUCAUGGAAAUUAAGGUCGAGGAUAUCAAGGUCGAGAAAACCAAAACCGUGGAAACUCCCACACCCAAAAAGACCCCCGAGAAGACCGGUAAAAAGACCCCCGAGAGAGUGGGACCCGAGGAACCCAAAGAGGAGAUGGAAGUAGAGGAUGUGAAAGAGAAGGUGGAAGGAAGCAAAAAGUCAAGGAGGAGGAAGAAGAGGAAGAGGACAGUGAAGGCAGAAGAUACAGAGACCAAGGAAAACGAGUCAUUGCCAAAAAAGACAAAAACAGACCUUGAGGUACCCAGUGAAAAGAUGCAAAAGAAGACGGGCAAGAAGACCCCAAAGGAGGAGGAACCCGAGGAACCCAAAGAAGAGAAGGAAGGAGAGGACACCAAGGAGAAGGUGGAAGGGGGUGAAAAGGCCAAGAAGAAGAGGAAGAGGAAAAGGAAGAGGAAGAGGUCAGAGAAGGCAGAAGAGGCAGAGGCUAAGGAAAAUGAGUCCCCUCAGAAGAAGAAAAAAACAAAUGCUAAUGUACCAGAUGAAAAGCUGGAGCUUGAAGGGGAGCUGUUGGACAUGCAUGCCAAGCGUAAGACUGAUCUCUGCGAGCGGACCCUUGUCAUCAAAAUGAAGAAAUUCAAACAAGAGUACAUGAAACAGAGGCCAGAUAUGUGUAAGGAUGCACUCUUCUAUGGCAUAAAGUUUGGAAAAUUGUGCUUCGUGGUUUACAAGUCGAAGGCAGAGGCCGAGGAGAAGUUGACUAAACUGAAGAAAAAUCCAGAAGUGAACCACGCAUGGCAUUGGAAGCAACAGCAGAUCAAUGCAACUGUGAAUCCAUACACAUUGUUUGUUGAGCAUUUACCAAAGGGGACUACAGAGGAGGAAUUGCAGAAAAUGUUCCCAACCACCACAGCCAUACACUAUGAUACAAACAAACUCUUUGUCAAUCUGGCCUUUUCAACCAAGGAAGAUGCUGAGACAGUCUUCAGAGAAUCCGAAAAUCUGAAGCUGAAGGAUGUGGGGAUCACUGUACUUUUCGGCAAAUAUGGCUACAGCUGGGAGCGGGAACCCAGGAGAGGAACUGAAAAGCAAUUUAAACCUUCAACGGAUUGAAAAGUAUGAACAAAAUUGAAGAGGACUUUAUUUGUAUUUUGUAUGGAUGAAAGUUAAACUUUGA